CGGCCUCGGCCAGUCCAGCCUAGGCUUCUUGAUGUAGCAGUUGUGCUAUGUGUUGUGUUUAGUGUCAUUCAUGCUUAAAAAACAGUCGGAAAGUGCCCAAAGUAUGACUAUCCAAAAUUUCGACAGUUUGGACACUAAAAACGGUGAAACGAUGAACGAAAAGAACAAAAAUGGACACAUCAGUUUUAGUGUGGCGUCGCUUUUGGCCGACACGAGGCCCAACUCCACGGCGACGGCGUCCAGCCCGAAGGCCUCCUCGGACGAGGAGUACGACUCCAACCAGGAGGACUCCAUCGUCGACGUGGAGGAUUUGAACUCGGAUAACAAGUCGGAAGGGAGUCCUGUGAAAGAGGAGCAGAGGGAGUUCAAAGAGGCGGCGUUGAGUCAAGGGCCGAUCAGACCGACGCCCUUUUCGGCACUCGCAGCAGCUGUCUACCAAGCCGCACAUCCCAACUGGACUCAUCAGGGCCUGGUGAAUCCCUUCGCAGGGCCAGGGCCCAUGUUCCAAGGGCCGGGGCCGUUCGGUGUGCCCAAUAUGACCACAGUCGACUCGAACGGCGAGGCCCCCAAACUCAAGUGCAAUCUCCGCAAACACAAACCCAACAGAAAACCCAGGACCCCCUUCACCACCCAACAACUCCUAGCCCUCGAGAAAAAAUUCAGAGACAAACAGUAUCUGAGCAUAGCGGAGAGGGCCGAGUUUUCCAGCAGUUUGAGACUCACAGAGACACAGGUGAAAAUCUGGUUCCAAAACCGGAGGGCCAAAGCCAAGCGUCUCCAGGAGGCCGAGCUGGAGAAGCUGAAGAUGGCGUCGCUGUCGCGGCACCCGCACCCCCUCUAUCCGCAUCCCGCCCUCCAGGGGUACUUCUCCCCCGGCGCCCACCCGCUGGCGUCGCUACUGGGGGCGCGGCCCCCCAUGGCCCCUCUCGGCCUCAUUCCCAAUUACAGGGAUAAUUACUGUCCUAAAGGCCGGCUCACAACGGAAGGUGUGUCCGCAGGGGGUGGCGAAGAGGGGGGGGGGGCUGUGUAA